AUGCCGGUUGCUAGGCCGGAGCCGCAGGAGCCCCGAGUGAUCGCCCAUGUUGACAUGGACUGCUUCUAUGUUCAAGUCGAGCAGCGGAGGAACCCGACGCUCAGGGGACAACCAACCGUCGUGGUGCAGUACAACGGCUGGAAAGGCGGUGGCUUGAUUGCCAUCAGCUACGAGGCUCGUGGAUUUGGUGUGAAGAGGUCCAUGCGCGGAGAUGAGGCCAAGAGGGUCUGUUCUGGUAUUAAUCUUGUUCAGGUCCCAGUGGCACGUGGCAAGGCUGACCUUAAUCUUUACAUAAGUGCUGGUGUUGAGGUUGUUGCAAUCCUUGCAAGCAAAGGGAAGUGCGAGCGGGCAUCCAUCGACGAAGUUUAUCUUGACCUUACUGAUGCAGCAAAGGAAAUGCUCUUACAAGCUCCCCCAGAUUCACCAGAGGGGAUUUUUAUGGAGGCAGCAAAGUCAAAUAUCUUGGGCCUUCCGGCUGAUGCCAGCGAGAAGGAAAAGAAUGUGAGGGCAUGGCUUUGUCAAUCAGAAGCUAAUUACCAGGACAAGUUACUGGCAUGUGGAGCUAUAAUUGUUGCACAGUUACGAGUCAGAGUUCUAGAGGAAACCCAAUUCACAUGCUCUGCUGGGAUUGCUCACAAUAAGAUGUUAGCUAAACUUGUCAGUGGAAUGCACAAGCCUGCUCAGCAAACAGUUGUCCCUUCUUCAUCAGUUCAAGACUUACUAGCAUCACUACCUAUGAAAAGGAUUAAACAACUUGGUGGUAAGCUUGGAAGUUCCUUGCAGGAUGAUCUUGGGGUUGAGACAAUUGGUGAUCUCCUAAGUUUUACAGAGGAAAAAGUACAAGAGCAGUAUGGAGUAAAUACUGGAACUUGGUUAUGGAAGACUGCCAGGGGCAUUAGCGGGGAAGAAGUUGAGGACCGUCUUCUCCCAAAGAGUCACGGGUGUGGAAAGACAUUUCCUGGCCCAAGAGCACUGAAGUACAGUGCUUCUAGCCACGGGAUGGUGGCGGCCUUCGCGUGGGCAGCGUGGCUCAAGGAGUACCACGAGAAGGUUAGCAUGACGCUGAACAUUUUGGCCGACCUUUCACCUCUUUUCACGUGGGACACAAAACAGGUGUUUGUUUUUGUGGCAGCAGAGUGUGAGACUCCACAUGAUGCUUUUAUUCAACCUCCAACAAUUGUCCAUAAAAGCAUGAGUUUUCUGCUUGGGACUAUAGUGCAAUCUCAUGAAAUUGCCACUUGCUUGAGGGUUGCAGUAAUGAUGUCAUAUAGCUUUUCUCUUGGUCUUCAACUUACAUUGAGAGUUGUUGCAGAUGCAUAUAGUGGUUUUGGAAACCUUGCUGCACGUUCCCAGCUUCUUACCUUCAGCCCUUCACCAAACAUAACAGAAGAGGUGGACGAGCAGCAGAAAAAUAGCAAAGGAGGGAGAGGGAAGAACGCCUGGAAUACUGGAUUAUUGGGGGAAGAGGAGAAGGGCUGUGCUGACCUGGACAAUUGGGGAAGAGCCGAAGAGGACAAUCCGGCAGGCGGCAACAGCAGACUUGGAUAA